AUGACCGCAACCACGCACGCCCCAUACCGCCUCGAAGGCAAAGUUGCCCUUGUGACUGGCUCCGGCCGGGGAAUCGGCGCAGCAAUGGCCCUUGAACUAGGACGACUCGGUGCAAAGGUCGUGGUGAAUUACGCUAACUCCCGUGAACCCGCUGAGAAAUUAGUCCAGGAGAUUAAAGAGCUGGGUACCGAUGCGAUCGCGCUGCAAGCCAACAUCCGCAACGUGAGCGAGAUUGUGAGGGUCAUGGAUGAUGCAGUGGCGCAUUUUGGGGGCCUGGAUAUUGUUUGUAGUAAUGCGGGGGUUGUUAGUUUUGGGCAUCUGGGCGAGGUCACAGAGGAGGAAUUCGACCGGGUCUUCAGUCUGAACACCCGCGCCCAGUUCUUCGUUGCGCGUGAAGCUUACCGCCACCUCAACACCCACGGCCGCAUAAUCCUCAUGUCCUCCAACACUGCUAAAGAGUUCAGCGUCCCCCGGCACUCCGUGUACUCUGGCUCCAAGGGCGCAAUUGAGUCCUUUGUGCGUGUGAUGGCUAAAGACUGCGGCGACAAGCAGAUUACCGUCAAUGCUGUCGCCCCCGGGGGAACGGUGACGGACAUGUUUUACGACGUGGCGCAGCAUUAUAUUCCAAACGGCGAAAAACACAGCGCGGAAGAGCUGCAAAAAAUGGCGGCAACGGUAUCGCCGUUGAAGCGGAAUGGGUUUCCAGUGGAUAUUGCAAAGGUUGUCGGUUUUCUGGCGAGUAGAGAAGCGGAGUGGGUGAACGGAAAGAUCAUUACCGUCGACGGAGGCGCUGCUUAG